GUGAAGAAGGAGAAGCGAGUAGAAACUGUGAGGAAUCUGAGGAGGAGGCUCCGGGUGAUGUGCACGGGAGCUGACAGGCUCCUCCGGCGGACCAAGGAGGUGCUGAAGGCUGGAGCGCGUCUCCUCCGGCUGCUGUGAACGUGAGGAGAGGACCGUGUUUUCUCCUGGAGGUUGUAGAAGAAGAAGGAGGAGGAGGAGGAGGAGAGGAGCUGGGGUUUGACUCCUUCAUGUCUGCUGUGGUCCUUCGGGCCUGCGGUCGCUCGGCUGGACACCAGCUCCAACGCGCACGCACCUCUGGCACAAUGUCAAGGAGGCUCCGAGGAGCGCGCACCGCAGAGGCAGCAGCAUGACCGUGGACACCCGGACACAGGACACGGGUCAGUAGUGGGAAUCGAACCACCGAUGCUCUUCACACACAACGCUUUAAUGGCACCGCCUGGACCGUGCGUAUUUUCGUGCUCUCCCUCGACGUGACACCGCCGUGUGCGUGCGUGUGCGCCUGGACGCUGCUGCCGCUCCGCUGGAUGCCGCAGCUCCACCGGGUCUCCACCCAGACCAGUGCCGGGGCCAGAGGUUGAUCCAGUGCGGGGAACCCCCCCCGGAGCCCCGCUGCUCCGCGUCACGCCAUGGAUGACUCCGGGAUAAUCCGGCGCCGGAGGCUGCAGGAUUUGCCUCUGCCUCGCAAGAACAGCAGUUGUCGUGCAAGCAACAGGAAAAGCCUGAUCCUGACCACCACCUCUCCCACGCUGCCUCGCCCUCACUCCCCGCUGCCGCUCCCUGGACACCUCGGAAGCAGCCCCCUGGACAGCCCACGGAACUUCUCUCCCAGCAACCCGGCUCACUUCUCGUUCGCCUCCUCCAGAAGAGCGGACGGACGCCGAUGGUCUUUGGCAUCUCUGCCGUCUUCUGGAUAUGGCACCAACACUCCCAGCUCAACGUCCUCCAGCUCGUCGCAGGAGCGGCUGCACCAGCUGCCCUCCCAGCCCACCAUGGACGAGCUGCACUUCUUGUCCAAGCACUUUGGCAGCACCGAGAGCAUCACGGACGACGACGGGGGCCGCUGCUCCCCCCACAUGCGGCUGCGCUCCCGCAGUCUCAGCCCCGGACGCUCGUCCUCCUGCUACGACAACGAGAUAGUCAUGAUGAACCAUGUGUACAAAGAGCGCUUUCCAAAGGCCACAGCUCAGAUGGAGGGGAGGCUGGCCGAGUUCAUCCACGCUUUCUCCCCCGAGAGCGUCCUGCCGCUCGCUGACGGGGUCCUCAGCUUCAUCCACCACCAGAUCGCCGAGCUGUCCAGAGACUGCCUGACCAAAGCGCGCGAGGGCCUCAUCACCUCCGUCUACUUCUUUGAGCUGCAGCAGAACCUGGAGAAGCUCCUGAAUGACGCCUUUGAGCGUUCAGAGAGCACCGAGGUCGCCUUCGUCACAGAGCUGGUGAAGAAACUCCUCAUCAUCAUCUCCCGACCGGCCCGACUUCUGGAGUGUCUGGAGUUCAACCCGGAGGAGUUCUACCACCUGCUGGAGGCGGCGGAGGACCACGCCAAGGAGGGUCACCUGAUGAAGACGGACAUUCCUCGAUACAUCAUCUGCCAGCUGGGGCUGACCAGAGACCCCAUCGAAGAGAUGGUAAACCUCGAUAGCUACGACAGCGAGGGACCAGCAACGCCCGAGACAGACGACUCAACGGAGGGAAAGAUCAGACCAGUGAAACCACCAGAAGAAGCCGACUUCCAGAGCAUCAAGCUGAUCAGUAACGGAGCGUACGGCGCUGUGUACCUGGUGCGUCACCUGGAGACGCGGCAGCGCUUCGCCAUGAAGAAGAUCAACAAGCAGAACCUGAUCCUGAGGAACCAGAUCCAGCAGGCCUUCGUGGAGAGGGACAUCCUCACCUUCGCAGAGAAUCCCUUCGUGGUCUCCAUGUUCUGCUCGUUCGAAACCCGCCGACACCUCUGCAUGGUCAUGGAGUACGUGGAAGGAGGAGACUGUGCCACUCUGCUGAAGAACAUCGGAGCUCUGCCCGUGGAGAUGGCGCGCAUGUACUUUGCAGAAACCGUCCUCGCGCUGGAGUACUUGCACAACUAUGGCAUCGUGCACCGGGACCUCAAGCCUGACAAUCUCUUGAUCACCUCCAUGGGACACAUCAAGCUGACGGACUUCGGCCUGUCCAAGAUGGGACUGAUGAGUCUCACCACCAACUUGUAUGAAGGACACAUAGAGAAGGAUACCCGGGAGUUCCUGGAUAAACAGGUGUGUGGAACCCCCGAGUACAUCGCCCCUGAGGUUAUUCUGCGUCAGGGCUAUGGGAAGCCGGUGGACUGGUGGGCUAUGGGCAUCAUCCUGUACGAGUUCCUGGUGGGCAUGGUGCCGUUCUUUGGAGACACCACAGAGGAGCUGUUUGGACAAGUCAUCACAGACGAUAUCGUUUGGCCUGAGGGGGACGAGGCCCUCCCGCUCGACGCCCAGCACCUGAUCUCCUCGCUCCUGCAGACGAAUCCACUGGUUCGACUGGGAACAGGAGGCACGUUUGAAGUGAAGCAGCACUCGUUCUUCACCGAGGUGGACUGGAACAGCCUGCUCAGACAGAAGGCCGAGUUCAUCCCUCACCUGGAGUCCGAGGAAGACACCAGUUAUUUUGACACUCGCUCUGAGCGCUACCACCACGUCCAGUCCUACGACGAGGACGACACCAACGACGAUGAGCCCGUGGAGAUCCACCGCUUCUCCUCCUGCUCCCCCCGCUUCAGCAAGGUGUACAGCAGCAUGGAGCAUCUGUCCCAGCUGGAGCACAAACCUCAUGGAGUGACUCUACGGGAGCACAAGGUCCCCAGGGAGGAGCGGAUGGCCAAGAGAGAAAGUCUGGGCAGCGUCACGCUCCGGGACAAGAGCUGGAGGACUGGAUCACCUGAGAUGAAGCGUUUGUCCUGCUCUGAAUCCUCUUUCACGGAGAGCGACUCCAGUCCCCCGUCCGGGACACGGAGACGUUUCUCUGCCCUCAUGGAUGCCCACCGCUUGCCCUCCCCUCUGGAACUGGACUCAGAGCUGCUGGCCUCCUGCAGGCAGUCCGCAGUGAAGGCGAGGGGAACUUCCCUGGAAGGAGCCAUGGGGACCAUCUCCUCUCAAGGCGAUCUGAGAGCCUUCCUGAAAGACGGCAACGGGCUCACAGCUGGAGGCGGAGCUGCUGUUCUGGGGCUUCCGGACGCACCGGGGCCCCGGGGGGCCGCCACCGACCUGGUGCUGCGGAGAGUUCGCCACCACCAGCUCUCGGCCGAGGGAGAUAAACGUAACUCACUGCCAGGAACCAAAGUGAUCAAGUCUGCCUCUGCCACGGCUCUGUCUGUCAUCAUCCCUGCAGUGGAGCAGCACGUUGCCUCCCCUCUGGCGAGCCCCAUGUCUCCUCGCUCCCUCUCGUCCAACCCCUCGUCCCGGGACUCCUCUCCCAGCAGAGACUACUCUCCGAUGGUCAACGUCCAACAUUCCCCCAUCACCAUCCAUCGCUCGGGGAAGAAGUACGGCUUCACGCUCCGAGCCAUCCGAGUGUACAUGGGAGACAGUGACGUCUACAGCGUGCAUCACAUGGUCUGGCACGUGGAGGACGGAGGUCCAGCCCAGGAUUCAGGACUCCGUGCUGGGGACCUGAUCACUCAUGUGAACGGGGAGUCGGUCCACGGUCUGGUUCACACCGAGGUGGUGGAGCUCAUCCUCAAGAGUGGAAAUAAAGUGACGGUCACAACCACUCCGUUUGAGAACACCUCCAUAAAAGUGGGUCCCGCCCGCAAGACCAGCUACAAAUCCAAGAUGGCGCGGCGCAGCAAGCGGACCGGGGCCAAGGAGGGACCGGAAAAAAAGAGAAACUCCCUGUUCAGGAAAAUCACCAAGCAGUCCAACCUGCUCCACACCAGCCGGAGCCUGUCCUCCCUGAACCGCUCGCUGUCCUCCGGAGACAGUCUCCCGGGCUCGCCCACCCACAGCCUCUCCGCCCGCUCGCCCACACAGACCUACCGCUCCACCCUGGAAUCCUCUCACCCGGCCAACUCCUCUCAGAGCAGCUCCCCAGCGACCAGCACCCCGAACUCCCCGGCAGCCUCCCACCACAUGAGGCCCAGCUCCCUGCACGGCCUGAGUCCCAAGCUCCACCGGCAGUACCGCUCCGCCCGCUGCAAAUCCGCCGGCAACAUCCCUCUGUCCCCUCUGGCUCACACUCCCUCCCCCACCACCUCCUCCCCUCCGCCCCUCAGCGGCCACACGGUGGGGAGCUCCAACACCACGCAGACGUUCCCCGUCAAGCUGCACUCCUCGCCUCCCGUCGCCCGCCCUCGUCCCAAGAGCGCCGAGCCGCCCAGGUCUCCUCUGCUGCAGCGGGUGCAGUCGUCAGAGAAGCUCGGAGCUCAGAUUCAGCCUUCCUCCUCCUCGUCUUCAUCGUCGCCCUCUCCUCUGACAGGCGGGGUGUCGUUACGCAAGCACAGCCUGGAGGUGACGCACGGGGACUACAGGAGAGAGUCUUUCCACUGUGAGCAUAGUCUUCAGAGUCUGUUAGAGAUGGAGGGAGAGAACGGACCUGCUCCACCUUCCCCUUCAUCAUCCUCCUCCCCUUCUCCUCCCAUGGGAGGGGAGAUCGGAUGCCUGAAGCCGGGGAGGAGGCUGGGGAGACAGGAGUCGCCGCUCAGCCGGGACACACUGUUCACAGCCAGAGAUAAAGACACUCAAACCACAGCAUCUGAGUCCAUCACUAAAGCUGAGUCCAAACCCAACCUUGUGGAACCAAGUAAAACUCUGUCGGCUGCUGCGGUUCUGAAGAGUACCGUCAGUGCAGCUGCUGCAGAGACCAAGUCUCGUCCAGCACCGGUUCCAUCCGCUGCAGAGACCAAACCGGGCCCUGGGGACAAACCUCCACAUACAAGUGCUUCAGCUCCAAUGGGACCAGUGUCCAAGAGUAAACUCAGCGAGAAGAUCUCCGCUCCGGGAACAUUAAAGAGUUUACAACAGCUUGUGAGCAAGCAGCAGACAGACGCUGGAGCUGGAACCAAAGCUCAGGAGAAGAGUGAGGAGAAAGUGAAAGCUGAAAAACUUCCCGUGCAGAGAUCCUCGUCUUCAGAGCAGUCGAAGACACGCAAAGGCUCCGAGACGGGAGAGAGAGGAGGCGUCUGCGAUAAAGCAACUGAGACGACUAAGGUCAAAGGUCCUGCACCCCCUGUUCCCACUACAGCUCCAGCCCGCCCUCCAGCGCAUGUGCCGGCUGCUGCCAGAUCAAAAGCAGAGAAGCUAUCGAGUCGUUACUGUGGCGCAAAGGAGGAGAGGGCGCACCUGGAGGUCCUGGAGGAGAAUCCCAUGUCGCCCUCCUCUAACGCAGCCUCACCCUGCUCCAGCAAGUCUCGCCCCAUGUCCCCGGGGGACAAAGCCAGCUUCGUCACCCAGCUGACGAGCGUGGCCAAAACAGUGCUCGGGCCCAUAAAGGGGGCAUCGCUGGAGGGAGCCAAGGUCCGAGACGCCUCCAAGCCGGGCGAGGAGAAGAGGGGAACCACGGCAGGAAGAGCCGAGGCCGUGACCGGGGGGGGGCGCCGUGGGGCUCAGGCGGGAUCCUCCGCCGGAGCCGGCCCGGUCCAGUCCGAUCGAGGAGCCAGUCGGAGCUCCAAGCAUCACUCGUGAUAAGGGUCAGAAAGAGUCAGACUCUCCCAUGUAAUGCCUUUUACUGUAGCAUCAAACUGACAUAUCAUGAAGCAACGUGACCUGGAAUGAAGAGGAGACACAACCGCCUGAAGAAGUAACACACGACGUGUGACAUGUAGACGCACAGAGCAGCUGCUGUAGGAAGUUGUGUGCACGUGGUAUCAGAAUGUCGGCCUGUGUGUGCACCUGUAUGUCCAUCCCCAUGUCUUGUAUAUAGGUUUAACAACAAAAAAAAAAGUGUAAUGUCCUAACGCAUGUCUUACAUAUAUGUGGAAAAACGAAAAAGCAUAUUUAAAAAAGAAGGUGGAAGAAUAUAAAGCAGACCUGGAGGUAGAGAACACUGUGAACAACAUCUCAAAACGACCACAGCAGGAUUCUGUUAGAAAGGGGCAUUACCCAUAUCCCAGAUCAGCUCCAGUGCCAUCAGUUAGUUUAUUCUGUGUUUCCUUAGAGUUACAAAAACUGGAACAUGAGGUGGAACCCGAGGGGGUUUAAGGGCUGACUCUCGGAGGGAUUGGAAAGAGGUCGAUUAGAUGAACUUGCACAGGGACGCUAUGCAAUCUGCUUAUCACGCCAGUUUCCUUUGGUGUCCCCCGAUUACUCAGUUUACAUUGUGUGUCCGUCAGGAGGAGGAGGAGGAGGAGGAGGAGGAGAGACGUGAGGGUCGCAAUAAGUCGAACAUUUUGUUUUGAAAGUUGUGUUUGUCGUAGGCUGAUUACACAAAUACCUGAGUCCGAUCAACGUGUGUGAGAGAGAUGCUCGUUCAUCCACUCUUUUUCUAUUUAUGCAGUUUAUUGUUACGUGUGAAGCAAAGUGCCAGUGUUUUUAUUUAUUAGAGAUCAUGUGAUUUGUUUGUUUUUAUUUAAACGUGUAAUAAUAUGCAAUCCAUGCGUGCCCAGUUCCACAGAGACGAGCACCAGGCCAGGGGCAGAUUUGUGGAGAGCAUCUUCUCAUGUGUCACAAAAACAAAAAUCCUCCUGACAUGUUUUUGGACAGAGGAGUCAGAGCUGGCGGAGACUGCCACCUUGUGGGCGUUAUCAGAAGGCCCUGAGGAACAACAACAACAGAUCGGGUUACGUGUAACGAGACGUCUCAUAUCUCUGCCUGUGGAUCUUUGCAUUUCAUACAUCAUGAGUCUGGUGCAUCGUCCUCCUGUUAACAAACACAUUCUGCAGUCUUUACUUUACCAGUUACGACGUUGUGGUUUAAACAGACACCACCCAGUGUUCUGGACACUCAACACCAGUCAUUUAUUUGUGUGUGAUGUGACAAACUUGCACUUUAUUUUUGUGUCGGAUACUUUAAUUAACCUUGUGUUACAUGUUUCUUUUAUAUUUUUUCUAUUUAUUCUAUUUAUUAAACCAAUUUUUUAUUUAUUCAAAUGUUUUUACUUGUCAUGACGUAGGGGAAUUUCUGUUCCACGACUGGAAUUAGUUAUUUAUGAACUUAAAUCUACCAAAUCUGUGUGGCUGUCCCAUCCUGUGCAGUUUAGACUCUGUCAUUCCAUAAAUCUGACAUUGUGAUGUUGCUGUCAUGUCCGUCUUUGUUCCGAGUGUUUGACUUUUUUACAGCUGCAACUGUCUCCCUGACUCGUGUUGUUCAUUCCGUCGCUACAGAUUUAUUCGCCACCGUUGUGAAAACCGAUGCAAAAAAGCCUAAAGUGCAGAAAUGUAAUAAAAUGCAGUGAA